AUGGUGCGGACCGACGGUUCUCGCCUCUCCCCCGCGUUUGCUUCCUCGUUUUCUGCUUCCUCUUCUCCGCACGCACUUGCCAGUCCUGACGGGGCGUCUUCCCCUCGAAGGAGACACGUCGGCGUUCAGACUUCUGUCCCCAGUCGAGAGUAUAUAGGCCCCCAGGCCCGAGCUUCUCAGGCUCCAGAAUUCUUCAAGCAAGGAUGGCUGCACAGACCGAAAACAGUCGCGACUUUAUGCACCUCUUUGGCGGUCAUUUUCGUCGCUGCUCAAGUCGUCUCUUCAGGGUCGGAGCCCGAAAACCUGAAAUACCGAAUUGUUUGGGGAUCGACUGCAGCAGUGUCGAUGUUUCUCGUCUUUGGGACGCUCCAGUUUCCUGACGGAUUGCUCGUGCGGCCUUCUCCGAUUUUUUGGCGCUUCAUCAAAGGAUGCUCGGUGCUUUACCUCGUGCUCCUCGUCUUCCUCCUUUUCCAGGAUCUGGACGACGUUCGCCGAGGCCUGCGCUACAUUGAUCCGAGUCUAGGCAAGCCUUUGCCCGAGAAGAGUUACGCGCAGAAUUGUCACAGUUUCUCGACUCUGGCGGGGUCGAUGGACGUCUUUGUCUUGGCGCAUUUCUUUGGAUGGCUCGUCAAGGGUCUGAUUAUCCGCGACGCUCGCCUUUUGUGGAUUCUCUCGCUGCUGUUUGAGUGGAUGGAAAUCUCUCUCCGCCACAUUCUCCCGAACUUCUGGGAGUGCUGGUGGGACCACCUGAUUCUCGACGUUUUUGGCUGCAACCUUUUGGGGAUGUAUCUCGGCCUCGCUCUCUGCCGCUCGCUCCAAAUGAAGGAGUAUCUGUGGCACGACGACUCGCCGCCCGACACCCCGCGCUCGGACCUGCUCUCGCCGGCGCCGUCCCCGUCGGCUGCGGCUGCGAAGGGCUGUGCGGCGACAGAUCCGAAUGUCCCCUCCGGAGCGCCGCUGUCGCCUGCAGCUUCACCGGUGUCGCCGUCCGGGAACGAACGGCGAGGCUCCACGAGGUCGGCGAGUCCGAACCGACGUCGCCGCUCGAUUUGCCGAGCAGUGCCCGGCUCUCUGCGACAGCUCGCCCCGUACGAAUGGACCGGCUACAAAUGGCCCCGGUUGUUUUCGAGUGCGUCGACCUUUGUGAGUCUUCUGCUCUAUUGCGUGGCCGUCACCCUGUUGGACUUGAACGUCUUCUUCCUGAAGGCGGAGCUCUGGCUGCAUCCUUCCCACUGGCUAAUUCUCGCCAGGAUCACCCUCUGGACGUUCAUGGCUGCGGCAGGAACUCGCGAAUACUACGAAUUCGUCACGGACGUAAACUGCAAGCGCAUGGGCGUGCAGUGCUGGAUCGACCUCGCUGUCGUCAGCACAGAGGCGCUGCUCUCCGUCAAAUGGUUCCAUGGGCUCCAACCUCACGAUCCGUGUCCACAGUGGAUUAUCGUCGCCUGGAUUGCCAUCGCAUGCGUUUUGGCUGCCGCGAUCGUCUGGCUGAUUUGUCGCCCGCGACCUCCGAGUUUGAAGCGAAUGUCGAGCCUCUCCCACAGCGGAGGCUUCUCGCACCCCGCCAGUCUUUCCGAGGACUUGUACCUGCAAGAGACAUUUUUGGAAGGUCCGAAAGACAAGUAG